AUGCCCUGCGUGCCUAAGCCACAACAAAACACACGGAAUGCGUCGUUCAAUCCGUCGAACGCACAGUAUGCUUGUUGUUUUCAACAACUUCAUGCAAAUGUGAGUUUUUUUUGAGGAGGUUUGGGAAAAUCAAAUUUGAAAUAUUUUUAAGAGUUCUGUAUUUGACUUUAAAAUUUUUUAAAACUUCCAAAACUCCUUAUAUUUCAGAGCAUCAAUAGUUUUACACAAAAUUUUGAAAGUUUUUUUUUCAAACCGAUUCUCUAGAUCAAAUGUUUUGAUAGUGUAUUUUUUGUUUAUUUUUUGGACUAGUUCACAAUCUUCACCUCCGUUAUUUCUUUUUUCAUUACCAUAGUUCCUAAAAAAAAUUGAGAUCUUUGUUCAUUCUCCAAAAUUGUGAAACCCUCAUAAAUUUCUCUAUGACAUAAAUUUUAUUAACUAAUACAUACAUACAUGUAAUUUAUUAUAUCUACAUAUAUGUUCUUUCCAUUAAUAAGAACUUUUCUUGAUGUAUUAAAAAUAUAUCUUGCAAUAUAAAAGAAUAUUAGAUUGUUUUUUCUUACAUUAGAAAAAAGGUCAUUUUCAACGGAAAGAAAAGCGAAAAACAAAACAAAAAAUAAAAUUGAAUGAAAUAAAAUAGAAUAGAAUAAAAUAAAUAAAAUGGCAAAAAGUGAAUCAAAUUUGCAGACUGGUGCAACAAUUAUAGCCGUUUUACAUAUAUUCCUAUGUUUGACGAUCUAUCCAAUACUUGUAUAUUACCUAACUUAUCAUCCGCAGAAAACAUCCGAAACAUCUAUUAAUGAUACUACUCCUACAAAUUCUUCAGAUAAUUUAAAUACAGAAAUGACUAAAUUCGAAUUAUGGGCCGAAUGUUUUUUAACCACAUUAUGCUUAAUUACAUCAAUUAUGUUGAUUGUAGGAUUACGAUUAGAAAAUCGACAAAUACUCACAGGUUAUAUUCUUGCUCAGGUUAGCUUUAUUGAUUAAUUAAUUUAUUAAUAAAUUAAUUCAAUAUAAUUCAGACGUUGCUCAUUAGUUUAUUAUUCGUUUUAUUUUUGGCUUUGAUUAUGGGAAUCAAACAUGGAUUAUUACACGAUUCAAAUGGCGAUAAAAAAAUAUCACUACGUAAGUUCAUCUUGACUAAUUCUGGAAAUUAUUAUUAUUUCACUUUCCAAGAUUUUCAGAUGAAGAGCUAUUGAUAGUGCUAGAAAUAUUUGUGACAUUGGCAAUUGUGACAAUAGAAGUGUGGUUUUUGACAGUGGUUCUGAAGACUUAUCGAUAUAUUUGCGAUAAAUAUAAUUUCACUGGCGGAAAUCGUGAAGAAAAUGUUUGA